AUGGCAAAGAUAUUCUGUUUGGCUGAUGUAUGUAUGGUUCCUAUUGGAACUAAUAGUGCCAGUGUUUCCGAUUUUGUAGCUUUGAUCGAGGCCAAAAUUCGUUCAAGUCCCCUAAAGAGUACAUUACACAGUGCUGGUACCACUAUUGAAGGUCCCUGGGAUGAAGUGAUGAGUUUAAUCGGUGAGGUACAUGAGUAUGCACACUCUAAAGGUAUUGUAAGAAUUCAGACCGAUAUCAGAGUCGGAACAAGGACUGAUAAACAUCAAACUGCUCAAGACAAAGUUGAUAAAGUUUUGAAGAAGAUGGAAGAACAAAAAUAA